AGAGAGAAAAAGUUGGUUAAGGUUGCAGUAGCGAAUGGUCCCAGUAUUGAACGGCUUGGAGUCUUUUUAAAGAAUCAAUAUGUUACUUUUUGACAGCCUGUUUUAUAUUUAAGACAAGAGGGGAAUAUGACAGAUCGCAGAUGCGUUUUAGUAGUAUGAGUCGAUGCUGAGUAAGCGGAUUAUUUUGAGAAAUGAAGAAUAAAAACUUGAAGAGUCUGGAUAAUCUCGCCGUGAGUCUGGUAUUCAUAAUCCUAUGCUUCGAAGUUCGGAAUUUAGAGUCUGCGGCUUGCCAUGGCUGUGUAGCGAAUACCAAAUGCGACUGCAACGGGGUGAAGGGAACCAAGGGGGAAAGAGGCUUUCCAGGACUUCCAGGCCAGCAAGGGCUACCAGGCUUACCAGGUCCUGAGGGUCCACUUGGACCAUGGGGGGAAAAGGGUGCCGAAGGGCCUUCAGGAUCAUCCGGCACCAAAGGAAUUAGAGGCCCGCUGGGGCUGCCUGGAUUUCCUGGAACCCCUGGAACCCCAGGUCUUCCAGGACAAGAUGGGGCCCCAGGCCCAAGAGGGGUCCCAGGGUGUAAUGGGACAAAGGGUGAACGUGGAUUUCCAGGACCCCCUGGAUUUCCUGGGGACCCAGGACUCGUGGGUCAUCAAGGUCCUCCAGGGGAAAAGGGAGACUCUGGUGACAUCAUCACAGUCAAUCAUUUAGGAACGAAGGGAGAUCGAGGACCACCUGGCACCCCAGGUCUAACUGGAAGCCCAGGACAUCCAGGAUUACCUGGUCCACUUGGACCAUCUGGCCCCAGAGGCUCAGACGGGUUCCCUGGACCUCCGGGACCCCCAGGACCCAAGGGUAAUAUGGGCUUGAACUUCCAAGGGCCGAAGGGAGAGAAGGGGGACCAGGGUCUACGUGGACCACCAGGUCCACCGGGUCAGAUUGGUGAGGUGACGAAACCAGCAGACUCAGAGGUGCAGAAAGGAGAGAAGGGAGACCAGGGACCACCAGGGCUACCUGGAGAUUCUGGAAUCCCAGGACUACCAGGUCCAGCAGGAGGACAGAAGGGUGAGAAGGGGGAACCCGGAGAUUCAGGCAAGAGGGGCAAACCAGGCAAAGAUGGAGAACCAGGAUCGCCUGGCUUCCCGGGUCUGAAAGGAGAACCAGGUGAUCCAGGUCUUCCAGGGCAACAUGGUCUAAGGGGUGAAAAAGGUGAACGUGGAACCCCAGGACCUCCUGGAAUAGUGAUUAAUGGAAAAGGUGUUUUGGGACCCGGGCCGAAAGGUAAUCCAGGUGUCCCGGGAUUCCCAGGACAGAAAGGAGACCAUGGCCGUCAAGGUCCAACUGGACCUCCUGGACCACCAGGGGAGCCAGGUAUUGGGUAUCCAGGGCAGCCUGGCAAGCCUGGUUUUCCUGGACCGCGGGGAGAGAAAGGUGAUGAAGGCGAUCCAGGCAUCUCACUGCCAGGUUUCCCUGGCAGGCCUGGACAACCAGGUCCCCAAGGUCCACAGGGACCACCAGGGCGCCCAGGAGAGACAUUCAAUGGUGGACAAUGCAUUGAAGGACCUGCAGGGCUGCCAGGGAAUCAAGGUGCACCUGGCUUUCCGGGAGAAGUCGGCCAGAAAGGUGAAAAAGGGGAGACAUGUCUGAACUGCAUUUCUGAAGGAAUCUCAAAAAUAGGCCCCCCAGGGCCACCUGGUCCUCCAGGAUUUCCAGGUCCGCCAGGCUUCAAUGGUCCCAAAGGUGAAGCAGGGUUUCCAGGACCACCUGGAUGGACAGGACCACCAGGUCCACAAGGCCCGAUGGGUAAUUUGGGGAUCCCAGGGCAGAAAGGUGAGCCAGGAGAAGUCAACUUUCUUGAUGGGAUGAAGGGGGACAAAGGUGACCCUGGCUUCCCUGGUCUACCUGGGUUACCCGGCAGUGAUGGUAAACCUGGCCGUGACGGGGUCCCUGGCCCACCUGGACCAAAGGGACAUCCUGGGUCUGCACACAUUAAAGGUGACCAGGGGCCGCCUGGACUGCCUGGAAUUUCAGGUCUCCCAGGAGAUCCUGGGCCUCCAGGACCACCAGGAAUUGGACCACAAGGUCAGCCUGGUCCAAAAGGUGCUCAGGGUGUAUCUGGCCAAUCAGGAAGCACUGGUGCUCCAGGCCCGAAAGGUGAACCCGGCAAAACUGUGGCAAUAAAGGGAGAUACUGGUCCCAGUGGUGAAACUGGAGAUACUGGACCCCCCGGGCCCCCAGGCCUGCCGGGGCGGCUUGGGGAACCUGGAUUCUCAGGAUUGCCCGGGCCGAAAGGAGACCCUGGACCUCCAGGUAUUGGGCUGCCUGGCCUUCCAGGAGAUAAAGGAUCCCAUGGUGAACCUGGACUUCCCGGUUCACCUGGGAUUUCAGGACGUCCUGGUCUGGAUGGCCCUACUGGUCCACCGGGCAAACCUGGGCCCAAGGGAGAUCCAGGAGUCGGUAUGCCAGGUCCCCUUGGGCCGCCAGGAUUCCCAGGCAGUAAGGGGCUCCCUGGGAGCAAGGGUGACCCCGGAUUCCCAGGGAUCCCUGGGUCACCUGGACUUCCAGGUUUAGAUGGCCUUCCAGGACCCAAAGGUGACCCAGGCCAUACUGGCCAACCAGGACAUACAGGACCCCCAGGGACCCCUGGAUAUGGAGAACCGGGGCCUCCAGGUCGCCCUGGGCCUCAAGGACUUAUGGGCCCUCCUGGUGCGCCUGGUCUGCAAGGUGAUAAGGGCGUUCCUGGUCCCCGUGGAUUAAGCCUCCCAGGACCAGCAGGAGAUAGAGGCUACUCUGGACCGCCUGGCUUCCCUGGAGCACCUGGUCCCGCUGGUCCUCCUGGGCCAGUAGGCCGUGACGGUCAACCUGGGUCACCUGGCCAAAAGGGCGAGAUGGGUCCCAUGGGAACCCCUGGGCCCCAGGGCCAACCAGGUAUCCCCGGUUCCUCAGGACCCCUUGGGCCAAAAGGUGAUGACGGUUUACCUGGACUGCCGGGAGUUGGAGGAUUUCCAGGGGCAAAGGGGGACAAGGGUCAACCUGGUCUGCCUGGUCCCCCUGGCCCAGACGUACCCCCUGCCUCACUUAAGGGAAUAAAGGGAGAGCGGGGUCAACCGGGUGCUAACGGGCUGCCAGGCCAGAAGGGUGUCUCUGGUCUAUCAGGAGAUCCAGGUCCACCAGGGAGAGAUGGGCUGCCAGGAUUACCGGGAGGACCAGGUCCAAGUGGAGAUCCUGGGUUUCCAGGUCAACAAGGUCCUCCAGGACCGCCUGGGGCUAAGGGUAACAUGGGUGACAUGGGAUUGCCAGGUCCACCUGGGCAGAAGGGAAAUCUAGGACAGCCAGGUCGCCCUGGCCAGCCGGGUCAGCCAGGAAAGUUUGGACUCCCAGGCGCCAAGGGUGAGCCAGGUCUCCUGGCGUUUGGCAGUCCAGGCAACCCAGGACCCAAGGGUGACCCUGGACGACCUGGUUUAUCUGGGAACCCUGGACUCAAAGGCCAACCUGGUAUAGCAGGUCUCCAAGGUUUACCUGGUACCCAAGGACCAAAGGGUGAUCCUGGACCUCCUGGAUUCCAAGGACCACCAGGUAUACCUGGGCCUAAAGGACUGCCAGGCCCCUUUGGACGACAAGGAAUUCCUGGACCUCCAGGUCAACCUGGACCAGUAGGCUUCCCUGGGCCCCAGGGAUCACCUGGAGAGAAGGGUCUGGCAGGACGUGAUGGCAUUCCUGGGCCACCAGGAGAGAAGGGAGAACCAGGUGAACCUGGUUUUGGCACCCCUGGGCAACCAGGCCUUCCAGGGUUAUCAGGUCCAAAGGGAGAUCCUGGUCUGCCUGGUCCUGCAGGACCCCCCGGAAUUCGGGGACAGAAGGGUGACUUAGGAAACCCCGGCCCACCUGGCCUUCUUGGUAGCCCUGGGCCCUCAGGGCCUCCUGGACAUCCUUUGCAUGGGCCCCCAGGUGACCAAGGUUUCCCAGGCCCUCCAGGACGACCCGGUCUUUCUGGCCCAGAAGGACCUCCUGGUCCUCCUGGUGGAGGUGGAAUAAAAGGGGAAAAGGGCUCCCCUGGUUUCCAUGGUCGACCUGGUACGGAUGGAGAGAAGGGCGAGCUUGGACCCCAAGGGACUCCGGGUUCUACUGGAAUUCGUGGGACCACUGGGUCAAAGGGAGAUCUGGGUUCCCCUGGAGAACGAGGCCUUCCAGGCCCAAAAGGCGACCCAGGCAGGCCUGGUUUUCCAGGUCCCAAUGGAGAGCCCGGUGAUGCUGGUCCCCCAGGACCUCCAGGUUCCCCUGCCUAUGGUAUCCCACCCCCAUUUAUGAAAGGGGAACAAGGCCCUCCUGGUCCCCCUGGCUUUCCAGGGAUUGGUGGACCCCCUGGACAGCCAGGUCGACCUGGUCCCCAAGGUCCACCUGGAAUCAUAGGGGAUCCUGGCCCUAAUGGUCCUUCAGGGUUCACUGGACCCCCAGGACGCAAAGGAGAUUCUGGACCAAUGGGCGAAUAUGGUCCACGUGGUGCUCCAGGCCCACCAGGAUCAGAUGGACCCCAGGGUCUCCCUGGCGCCCCCGGAUCGAGCUCUACUGCCCUCGGGUUCCUCAUCACACGCCACAGUCAGACCACGGAUGUGCCUAUUUGCCCAGAUGGCACCAGCUUGAUCUACGAUGGCUAUUCGCUGCUGUAUGUACAGGGCAAUGAAAGAGCGCAUGGUCAGGACCUCGGCACCGCGGGUAGCUGCUUGGCCAGAUUCAGCACCAUGCCCUACAUGUUCUGCGACAUCAACAAUGUCUGCAAUUUUGCUUCCCGUAAUGACUACUCCUACUGGCUGUCCACACCGCACCCCAUGCCCAUGAGCAUGGCACCGAUCACCGGCAAGGACAUCAAGCCUUUCAUCAGCAGGUGCUCGGUAUGCGAAGCCCCAGCCAUGGUGAUCGCAGUGCACAGUCAGACCAUCCGGGUGCCAAGAUGCCCAGACAAAUGGGGCCUGCUGUGGAUCGGAUACUCCUUCAUGAUGCACACCAGCGCAGGGGCAGAAGGCUCUGGUCAAGCUCUGGCAUCCCCUGGCUCCUGCCUGGAGGAGUUCCGCACUGCCCCCUUUCUUGAAUGCCACGGCCGGGGCACCUGUAACUACUAUGCCAACUCCUACAGUUUCUGGCUCGCGACAGUAGAUGCUUCAGAAAUGUUCAGGAAGCCACAGUCGGAGACACUGAAAGCAGGGAACCUGCUGACGCGUGUGAGUCGCUGUGCGGUCUGUAUGAAAAGGACGUAACAACACAGAGCCACUCGUGGGUGGGGACGGACAGCGCAGGAACUUCUGUGGUCCAUUGUCAUCCAGUUCAACUCAAUGGUGCUAUUCUGCAACACAGAAAAACUGAAAAUGAAUCGAUUCAUUUUAUUUUAAUUUUUUUUUUUUUUGUCAAGAAGUACCUCAAAAAAACCACAGAGAGCCAUUAUGGCCCACAUGACAAAUGACAAAAGUUGAUUUUAAUUCUCUUUCUUAGAGAUAUCUAUUUUUUUUACUUUAAAAUAUUCCUUUACAAAGUGUUGACAUUGGUUAAAAAAAAAAAACAAAAAAAAAAAAACUGUUCUUUCUCAUGUUUCGGAGGAGUGGGAUUGUCUCCGUGCUACCAAACCGGCACUUUGAUUUGUGAACAUCAAAGAGGAAAUGCACUGAAGAACAUUUUUUAAUCCAUUCACUUAAUUUCCUUCAAUCAGUUGUUUUCUCGUGACUGUACUAACCCUGCCGUAUCAGACUCCUAACCAUCUGCAUUUCUCUUUUGUCAGUAAUGCAAUGUGUAUAUUGUGUAAAACACUUUUAGAGUAAAACAUAACAGUAACCUUAUCAAUUGCUGGGUUAUGCUCUCAGUCACUCGCUCACUCAUUGUACAAAGUAUGCUCUCAAUAAAUUAAACAGUAUUUUAUAUUAUAUAUAAUAAAAAUGAAACAAACUUUA